AUGACUCUGACCACCGAAGAUACGAGAAUCCCAACCGAGAACCAUGCUUGCGUCAUGCUGGGAAUCGACAAACUUGGUUUGGAGAGCCGGCCCAUGCCUCCUCCGCCAGGGGAGUACGAGGUCAUAGUAGCACCGAAGAAGACAGGCAUUUGUGGCUCGGAUAUGCACUUGUUUUUGGAAGGGCGUGCAGGAGAGUCUUCAUUCUGCGACCCACUGAUUCUAGGUCAUGAAGCGGCUGGUGUUGUUGCCCAAGUCGGAUCGAAGGUCACGUCCCUGCAAAUUGGUGAUCGAGUUGCACUUGAACCUGGAUUUUGCUGUCGGAGAUGCGAGUUCUGUAAAGGCGGCGAAUAUGGGCAAUGCGGUGACUUCAAGUUCGCCGCGGCCGACGGCUUCGACGGAACAUUGCAAGGCUUUUUCACUAUCCCUGCCGACUUCUGCUACCGCCUGCCCGACUCUAUGUCAUUCGAACAGGGAGCUCUGAUCGAGCCCCUCGCUGUCGCCGUUAUGGCUGUCAGCAGCGUGGCGAAGAUGAAGCACAAUGCCAACGUGGCAGUUUUUGGAGCUGGUCCCGUCGGCCUUCUAACCAUGGCAGUCGCGAAGGCCCUUGGAGCCAGACGGAUCUUGGCAGUUGAUGUGAACGAACAGAGACUUGACUUUGCCAAAGGCUACUGCGCAACGGAUGUCCACGUCGCCAUUCCUAAGAACUCUGGAGAAGACAACAUGUCUUAUUCCAAACGACACGCGCUCGAAAUCAUGAAGAAUUUCGGACUGGGCGAACGUGGAGAGGGUAUCGAUCUUGUUGUAGAAUGCUCAGGCGCCGAAGUUUGUGUCCAGACGGGAAUCUGGCUCGCCAAACGACGUGGCAUGUUCGUUCAGGUCGGCGCCGGUCCAGCAAACAACCUCAUCCCAAUAUCCAUCCUGGUAAACAAGGAAAUCACGGUGAAGGGAAGUUUGAGAUACGGGCCGGGUUGCUAUCAGUUAGCUAUCGAUCUUGUGCGGCAAGGGAGAAUCAACUUGAAGCCCCUCCUGACACAUCACUUCCCUUUCAAUGAUGCCGCGAAGGCCUUCAAGGCGAUGCAAAACGGAAAGGGAGAGGACGGUGAAGUUUGUAUCAAAGUCAUCAGGUCCAGCAUUUUCCGGUUGGGCAUUAUACUGAAGGUUAUCUUCCAAUUAUGA